AAACAACAACAACAGUGUUCUUACAGAACACCAAUAUCGGUGAUUUUAAUUUCGGACGUAGUCCUGCUUAGGUAUGGUGAUCGUGUUGGGACUCGUAGUCACGUGGUAUCUGGUGUCUAGAGUAUGCCUGGGACUUCCAACGCUGGACUUAAAUCCACUGCCGUCUUCGGCAUCACCUUGGCGGUCAUCAGUUCAACUGACCUUAAGGUGCUCUGUGAGAGAUGAGGGACUAAGUGUUAAUUUCCAGACUCUUUGGAUAGAAGUUAGUAGACAAGAACAGGAUGUAUGGAGACCUAUCGCUAGAAUAGAAAAGUCUAAGGGUUCUCAUAUUGAUGUCUAUGACCCCAGUACAUGGGAGGUCAAAGGAAGUCUGACUAACACACUAGAUAACACCACGUACAUUCAGGUGACCUGGUCAGUAAUUGAAGAGAGCAGAGUGUACGGGAAGUACCGAUGUGAUGGUCACUUCUUGGACGGUGUCAAUAAGGAGAAGAUAACUGCUGUCCCAGUGCUUCUAAAUGUAGAUCAAGAAAAUUUCAAGCUAUUUUCCACGAUGCCAAACAGUACAUCUAACAGUAACUCUAAUCUGGGCAAUGUUUUGUUUGCCAAUGAAGACACUCAAACAGACAAAUUAGUAAACUAUGAAAGCUGGCCCAAGGGAUACUACGGGCUUUUAAGACCAGCCACUGGGUGCCCGAGAGAGGAUACUGGAAAGUGGCGCACCGGCUACAAGAAAAUACACACAGAGUCCAGCUCCUCAUUUCACGUUGGAGACGCCCCAGUGUGGCGUUUACACUUGGAAACCUCCAAUGACUCUCAGGACAUGGGCAAUCUAGAUGCAGUGUCUGUUUCGUCCCAUCUGUCCAGGCCUACGCUAUUAAAAGAAAAUGGUCAAAACUAUGUUGUUUUAUAUUACUGCCUCAAGAUGGACCGCACUUCUAGUAAUGACACACUCUGGCCGAAUGGGUCUUAUUGUAUUGAUAAGAAAGGACACUGUCCAGGAGGAUUUCAAGAAGGGAAGAUUUACAUAGACGAAGAAGAUUCUUUUGGCAAUAAAGGAAGUGUCGAAGGCGACGUACCGGAUCUAUUCCUGAGCAGUACUCUCGAGUUCUGUUGCAGGAGAGACGGAGAUGUUGAUUCGUUCAUGAAGUUACCUAUCAAGUCGCCAUUUUACCUGUACAGGUAUGGCGGAAGGUGCCAACAGGUGAGAGAGAUGGAUGUCGUCGAAGAGUUUGUCUUGAUUGACUCCGAGGACACCAACAACAAUGACCAGCGUUACGGAGCCUAUCCAGAUGGAGCUCAGAACGAUGUUAGACUUGAGCUUUGUUAUUACAUGCCCAUAUGAGGAGUGUUCAGAUGUAAGACACAAGCGCUUUUUUUUUAAAUUUACAUUACACACCAGAAACUGUUUAUUAAAAAUGCAUUCAUUGAAAAUACAAUAUUCGAGGAUUAAAAAGGGUGAACUGUUUCAUACAUAUAUUUUUCGACGUUCAACAAAAUUUUUACUAGAAAAUCUAUGUUUAGUGCUAUUGUAAAAAAAAUAUCUAAAUUCAGAACAAAGAAUGCUUUUUUUUUUUAAAUUGUAAAAUCAGAACAAUACAGUUUUUUUUCCCAAUCGUAUAUCAACUCAUUCUGUCUAUUUGUCUGUCUGUAGGCUAAAAAAAUGUAAGCAUGUUUUUUGUCCCAUUUCCAAUUCUCGGAUCAAGUUUAAACUUUGCACCAUCAUUCGUGAAGCCUGACAACAUAUGAAUAAAUAAAAAAAAAAUUUAAAAAAAGUUAAUU